AUGACAUUCUCGUACGGCAUUGACCACUUCGAACCGGCCUUUGACGGGCGCGACAUCCCAUACAUCAGCUGGGGCCUCCGCUUCGAUGAGGCCUGUGCGUACCACAUCGCCAACACGGUCAAGGCGAGCAGGGUCUACAUCAUCGCCUCCAAGUCGCUGUCGAACAACACGGAUGCGCUGAAACGGCUGCAGGCCGCCCUGGGCGAUAAAGUCGUCGGGGUGAGGAUCGGCAUGGUCCCCCACACGCAUUGGAAUGAAGUGCUCGAAAUCGCGCAGGACGCCACGCUCAAGAACCCCGACUGCCUCGUCACCCUGGGCGCCGGGUCGCUCACGGACGGGGCCAAGGUGAUCGCAUGGAUGCUCGCCAACGACAUCGCCACGUCCGAGGGGCUGGAGAAGUUGUUGUCCGAGGGCCAAAAGGCGUUCAAGGACCCCGUGGUCCGCCAGAUCGCCAUCCCCACGAGCUUGUCCGGCGGAGAGUACCGGUCGAUCGCGGGCGUGACGAGGGACGACGGCAGCAACCAGAAAUGUCUCUUUGAGCCGCCCGCCCGGAACCCGAGCAUCGUGGUGCUGGACCCGGAGCUCACCACCACCACCCCGGAGCGGAUCUGGCUGAGCACCGGGGUCAGGUCGGUGGACCACUGCGUCGAGGCGCUGUGCAGCCUGUUGUCGAACGAGAAAGGCGACGCCGAGGCCGAAAAGGGGUUGCUGACACUGGUGCCGGCCCUGAUCCGGACGCACAAGGAUCCCGGUGAUCUGGACGCCAGGUACGAGACGAUGCGGAGCGUGAUCCAAGCCAUGAGAGCCGUGGAGACCGGCGUGGCUCUCGGCGCCAGCCACGCCAUCGGGCAUCAGCUGGGUCCCCUGGGCGUGGGCCACGGGGAGACCAGCUGCAUCAUGCUCCCCGCGGUGUGCAAGUGGAACGCGAAAGUGGGCGCCAACGUCGAAAGACAGGCCCACUGCAAACAGGUGUUGCUCCGCUCGCCCGUGGUUAAAGAGUUGUUGGAAGCCAAGUACGGCUCGGGGCCGCAGGAUCUUGAAAACGUCGACCUGGGGGACAUCCUGGACGUGAUAUUCCGGCAGAUCGGCAUGCCCCGGACGUUGAAGGAGGUGGGUGUCGGGAGAGACAAGCUGGAUGGGUUGGCCGUCAACAGCCUCAAGGACCAUAUGAGCCUGACGAAUCCGAAGCCGAUCACGGAGAAAGGACAGGUCAUGGAGAUAUUGGAGAUGGUGGUCGAAUGA